UCCAACUCUGAUGAGCUUAAAAGGUCUCACACAUUGUGCUCUUGAAAUCCCAGAAGAUAUCAGUUCUCAAAUUUCCAACACUAAUUUGCAAGACACAUACUCAUGAGUUUCAUAAUCACCUUCAUCUUGUUGCUAUCAACCACACUAUUUCAUCAAUCUUGGGCUUUGGAGGAGGUAGCUUAUGGAUCAGAGGCUUCAGAGCUUGAGGUUUUGACUAGGGAGCUAUUGGAAUUGGCGAGAGAGCCUGAGUUCUUUGAAUGGAUGAGAGGGCUCAGGAGGAGGAUUCAUGAGUAUCCAGAGCUGGGAUUUGAAGAGCACAAAACUAGUGAACUCAUCAGGGCUGAGCUUGACUUACUCGGGAUUGAGUACAAAUGGCCUGUGGCCAAGACUGGUGUGGUGGCCUUUAUUGGGUCUGGCUCUAAACCAGUCUUUGGACUUAGAGCUGACAUGGAUGCUCUCCCUCUCCAGGAACUAGUAGAGUGGGAACACAAGAGCAAGAUUGAUGGAAAGAUGCAUGCUUGCGGUCACGAUUCUCAUGUAGCAAUGCUACUUGGAGCAGCCAAGUUGCUUCAACACAAAACAGACAUGUUGAAGGGAACUGUGAAACUAGUGUUCCAGCCUGGAGAAGAGGGUUACGCUGGUGCUUACCAUAUGUUAAAAGAUGAUGUUUUGCAUGAUAUCGAUGCCAUCUUGAGUAUACAUGUUUAUCCAUUAGUACCUACUGGUGCCAUAGCUUCGAGGCCUGGUCCGAUACUUGCUGGUACCGGGCUCUUCUCGGCUACAAUACAAGGAAAAGGAGGGCAUGGAGCAGCUCCACAUGAGACUAGGGACCCUAUUAUUGCAGCAGCCUUUUCAAUCAUUGCUCUCCAACAAAUCGUGUCUCGGGAUACAGAUCCUCUUGACUCAAGAGUGGUAACAGUUGGGCACAUACAUGGAGGUCAAGCAGGAAAUGUUAUCCCAGAGACUGUCAAACUACGCGGAACUUUUAGGAGCUUCAGUUCUGAGGGUCUUUCCUAUCUCCAACAAAGGAUCAAAGAGGUCAUAGAGCAGCAAGCAGCUGUGCAUCGUUGUACUUCUGUGGUGGACUUCAUGGAGGAAAAACCUAUGCCUAAUCCAGCAAUGGUUAAUGAUGAAGCAAUAUACGAACACGUGAAGAAAGUCGGUGAGGUCCUUGUUGGGAAACCUAAUGUGCAGCUUAUGCCAAUGACCAUGGGUGGAGAAGAUUUUAGCUUCUUUGCUGAGAAGAUUCCAGCUGCGAUUUUUGUUGUUGGGAUAAGGAAUGAGACUCUGAAAGCAGACAAGCACUUGCACUCGCCCAACUUCUUUAUCGACGAGGAGGCUCUUCCAAUAGGAGCUGCUCUUAAUGCUGCAGUUACAAUUUCAUACUUGGAUGGCAAUGAUGUGAAGACUUGGUAAGAAAAUAAGAGCAUAUGUAUGUAUAUACCUCUUUACAAAAUAAAAUGCAGUAAAACCAUAGGUUAUUGAAGCACAAUUUCUAGCACUCAUUUUAUUUGGCAGCAAUACCAUUGUGUCAAGACCGAGUAGGAAAAAGCUCCAACCUUGUCAUUGAUGAGA